AUGUCCGGCAUUAAGGUCGUCUUUGGCUGCGGGGGCGUCAACCCAGGACGAGGUUUUAGCACCGAAGAAGCAGUGAAGGAAGCUUUCGACAUCUUGGAGAAAGGCGGCUGCACCAUCCUCGACACCGCCCGUCUCUACGGCCAGUCCGAAGAAAUCCUAGGCAAAGCAGGCGCCGUCAAGCGCUUCACCGUCGACACCAAGACGAAAGGCGGCUUCACACCCGGUGGCGCUACCAAAGCCAACAUCGAGGCGGAGGCAAAGCAGAGCAAGGAUCUUCUAGGCGGCCCAGUCGACAUCUACUACAUCCACGCCCCGGACGCCAACACGCCGCUGGACGACACGCUCUCCGGCAUCAACGAGAUCUACAAAUCCGGCUUCUUCAGGCGCUUCGGUCUGUCCAACUACAAAGCCGAGGAUGUCCAGAAGGUGUACGAUCACUGCAAGGCGAAAGGAUACGUGCUGCCGACAGCGUACCAGGGCAAUUACAAUGCUAUCGCCCGCAAACAGGAGACGCUCCUCUUCCCCACCCUGCGCAAGCUGGGCAUCGCCUUCUACGCAUACUCCCCCCUCGCGGGCGGGUUCUUGACCAAGACCAAGGAGCAAAUCAAAGAAGGCGCAGGGCGCUUCAACACCUCGUCAGACCCAGGCAUGUACACGGAUAUGUACUCCAGACCAAGCCUCCUCGAAGCUCUCGCCGAUUGGCACGCGAUCGCCAAGGAGGAAGGCGUCACGACCGCGGAUCUGGCGUACCGCUGGGUUAAGUACAACUCGCCGCUGAAGCCUGAGCAGGGCGACGCCAUCAUCAUCGGGGCGAGAGACCAUGCGCAGUUGAAGCAGACGCUGGACUCGAUCAAUGGGGGGCCUUUGAGCGAGAAGGCGGUGAAGAAGAUUGAUGAGAUGUGGAAGAAGAUUGAGCAGGAUGCGCCGCUUGAUAACUAUCAUCGUUAG